AUGGACCCAGACACCAGCUCCCGGUAUUUCUGUGCCACUGAGACUCAAGGGGAACCCGCAGAUGCAGCUGCUGGGCAUGAGUCCUGUAAGAACUACACCAAGGAAACUCCAAACUUGACCAAGAAAAAACCUACGCAGAAGAGGCAGAGGAGUGCAUCUUCAUCCCUGGCCCAAAGGAACAUCGUGGGCUGCAGAAUUUCUCACAAGUGGAAGGAAGGGGAUGGACCCAUCACCCAUUGGAGAGGAACGGUUCUGGAUCAGGUGGCCAUAAAUCCCUCUCUCUAUCUGGUGAAAUACGAUGGAAUAGACUGUGUCUAUGGAUUGGAACUUCACCAAGAUGAAAGGGUGUUGUCCCUUAAAGUGCUCUCUGAUGCAGUAAAACCAUCCCCAGUCCCUGAUUCCAAAAUUGCUGAUACCAUAAUUGGCAAAGUGGUGGAGCACAUAUUUGAGGGUGAGCAUGGCUCAAAAGAUCAAUGGAGGGGGAUGGUUCUGGCCCAAGCUCCUAUCCUUAAUACCUUCUUUUACAUUACCUAUACGAACGACCCAGUCUUAUACAUGUACGAGCUUCUGGAUGAUUAUAAAGAGGGUGAACUCCGAAUUCUGUCAAAGUAUAAUGAGAUUCCUCCACUAGAUGUGGACCUGGAAUUUGAGGAUGAUCUGAUAGGAAAACAUGUUGAAUAUACCAAUGAUGAUGGCACCAAAAGAGAGGGAAAGAUGGUUGGCAAAGUAGAAGCCCUACCAUCAGUGUAUUUUAUUAAAUUUGACGAUGAUUUUCAUAUCUAUGUCUAUGACUUUGUGAAAAAUGCCUAA